AUGGCAAGUUCCAAUUCUCACUAUGCUACCCAAAACUCUUCAUCUCAAAGAGGGCUAGCCAUGGUGCUAGCUCUAACAUCCGCGGUGGUGCUAUCGCCGCUGUAUGUCAGCAGAAAGAGUGACCAUUCGUCGUCGUCGCGAUUCUACCCCCAUUACGAGCCCGGUUGGAGCUCUGGUUUGGUCCUCCCGAUGCUCCUGGCAGGGUUGAUCAUUGCAAUCAAGACGACGUCAUCGAGCAAUGGAGGUGGGAGGUCAUUUGCGCCGUCGCCGGACCCUUCUUGGGUGCUUAGGAUUGGGAGCUCGUCGUGGGGGCUUGCCGGGAUAUUGGUUAUGCUCGUGCUUGUGUUGUCAUGGCAAGAAUCUGCUCAGCAUUUCUUCUGGAGAUAG